AUGAAGUUUCAAUACGCGACAUGGCUGUCCUUUGCCCUCUCCCUGCAAGGAACACUUGCACAAUCCACCCAGUACCCUUCAUUGACCGAGGCGACCCUCGAUGAGCUGGCGGCGGGAUUGGAAUCUGGCUCGUGGACCAGCGUCGAUCUGGUCAAGGCCUACAUUGCACGAAUUCAGGAAGUCAACGGUGCGCUCCAUGCCGUCACUCAGAUCAAUCCGGACGCACUGGACAUUGCAGCUCAGACGGACGAGCUGAGGAAGCAGGGUACUGUCCUGGGACCACUGCACGGCAUCCCGAUUCUCAUCAAGAACAACAUUGCAACGCUGGACCUGAUGGACAACACGGCAGGAUCCUACGCCUUGGUCGGUGCCAAAGUGCCGCGGGACUCGACUAUUGCGGCGAAAUUGAGGCAAGCAGGAGCUGUGAUUCUCGGCAAAACGAAUCUCAGCCAGUGGGCCAACUGGCGAUCGCACAAUACCAGCAAUGGCUGGUCAGCAACCGCCGGUCAGACUUACGGCGCCUACUACCCUGAGCAAGACCCAUCCGGAAGCUCCUCUGGUUCGGCGGUCGCGAGCUCGAUCGGUCUGGCAUUGGCUUCACUCGGCACGGAGACUUCGGGUUCAAUCCUCGCUCCAGCGGAUGUGAACAAUUGUGUUGCAAUCAAGCCGACUGUUGGUUUGACCAGUAGAUAUUUGGUGAUUCCUAUCUCUGAGCAUCACGACACCGUCGGACCGAUUGCAAGGACGGUCAAAGAUGCGGCGUACCUCCUUCAAGCGAUCGCGGGACCGGACAGCAACGACAACUACACCUCGAACGCAUUCGAAAAUGGAUGCCCAGACUACGUCGCAGCUUGCAAUGCCAACUCACUUGCUGGCGUUCGUAUCGGCGUUGCGCGCAACGUGCUCGACCUCUGGGGCAAAUACGUGGACCAGCUGAUGCUCGACGCCUUUGACCAGGCUGUCGAGCAGAUCAAGAAUGCUGGCGCCAUACUCGUUGACGCCAACUUCACGGGCUUCGAAGCUUUCCAGGACGACGGGAACCAGACAUUGGUCCUCAACGCCGACUUCAACACAAACCUACCCGCCUACUUGAGUCAAUUGACAAACAACCCGAAUGACAUCAGAGAUCUCACGGACCUCUUGAACUUCACACAGAAUUCUCAAUACGAAGACUACCCAGAGAGGGACACUCUGGUCUGGGAGGCCGGGCUGAAUCAGUCUUGGGGCAACACCGACCCUCGCUUCUGGCAAGCCCUCCUCAGUAUGCAAUACUACGGCGCCGAAGGCGGUGUUCUGGGAGCAUUGGAGCGAACGAACACUCAAGCCAUCUUGCUCCCAACGGAACUCAGUCCUGUCAUUCCAGCUAUCGCUGGCAGUCCAGUUGUGACUGUACCGAUGGGGUUCUAUCCUUCGCAGUACAACACGACAAGGAAUGGAUUUGGAAACCUCAACUUUGUUGGACCAAAUCUGCCUUUCGGCUUGUCGUUCAUGGGAGCCAAGUUUAGCGAAGCAGAGUUGAUUGGAUUUGCUUAUGCGUACGAGCAGUUGACUCAUCAUCGGACGGAAGUGCAGCCUUACAUCGUGCCCAAGACGGAGCUGGCGGAUGUCGUUGAGUCAAAGUAG